AUGGUUCGUCCGAUCGUUCGCUGUGGUCCUAACCAUCUGACAUUCAAUGAUUUGGAUCUAAUUCCGGUAGUAUACCAUCGUCAGAGUGAUAAGACAGACUAUCCGCAAGACUUUACUUGUCCGGGUGCAGCCACCAACAAGGCUGGCUAUCUUGAAUAUGCAGCAGCCAAACGGCAGUUUGGACAGGCAUUUUCGGUAUCGCGGGUGCAGUUGUUUGAGGGUCUAGUGGAUGAAAAUCUCAUCAAGUGGGUUUCCAUUCUUAACGAGGAAAGCCACAAAAACCCCUCCAUAGACUGGAGUACCUGGGUCAAAUAUUUUUCAUUUGAUGUCUAUGUUCCAAUGAGCGUGGGGGAGAGCUUUGGCUUCUUAGACCACAAGUCCGAUGUGCGCAAUAUGUUGCAAAGCAGUUAUCGUAUCUUUCGGUACUGGACACUCAGUCGAUAUCGUCCCAUUGCUUGGCUAGCAGGCCAUACCUCUCUGGGGCGCCGUUUGUUUGUCAGUGGCCGCGAUGACCCAACGGGCAUGGGCAUGUGGACUAACGAAGUGCAUGAUAUCACUCAAAGGCGCAUGAAAUCCUCCGCAACGCAGACAAAGCCACGCUGGGAACACUCCAUGUUGGAUCAAUGGCUUGCAGCCAAAUCCGCGGCAGGAGAGGGCAUUCCCCUAUCGGAUAUCGAGGACCAGCUAGUUUCUGACGUACUUGGUGGUCCCUAUGCUCUCGCCACCACACUUAGCCAUCUGGUGACCACGAUGGCCAAACAUCCCAAGGCAGUUCAGCGAGCUCAGAACGAAAUCGAUAACGCAUUUUCCCAGCAGACACUUUCCACGCCGUCUCCCACCUACACAGAAUGUUGCGCACUCCCCUUUGUUGAUUCUUGUGUCCGGGAGGCCAUGCGUAUUACAGCGACGGCCUCUCCUAGAUGGCGCUGCUCACCAGACAGGCCACUGCGUCUUCUAGACUGGAACGUCCCUCCGGGUACUGCGGUGGCUACCAGUCCCUUCACUAUCUCCACUCAUCCUCGGCUCUACGGUGACAAUUCCGAAGAGUUUGUUCCCGAGCGGUGGCUUGAGGCGUCGGAGGAGCAGUUGCGAGUGUGGAAUGCAUAUGAUGCGCACUGGGGAUUCGGCUAUCGCAAGUGUCCCGGGCGACACAUAGGUGUCUUGGUCCUCUAUAAGGCUUUGGUUACUCUCCUACGCAAUUUCGAUAUCAAAGAGGGGAACUCACAAUCGUCCCUAGUGAUGGUGACACGACAACUCUAA